AUGGGGGCGAAGGACCGUCACAGCAUUAAAAUAGGACCGUCACACCACGACGCAACGAGAGUCCCACCAAUAGAGCCACACCGUCAGAGCCACACCAUCAGGGCCACACCAUCAGGGCCAAACCAUCAGGGCCACACCAUCAGGGCCACACCAUCAGGGCCACACCAUCAGGGCCACACCAUCAGGGCCACACCAUCAGGGCCACACCAUCAGGGCCACACCAUCAGGGCCACACCAUCAGGGCCACACCAUCAGGGCCAAACCAUCAGGGCCACACCAUCAGGGCCACACCAUCAGGACCACACCAUCAGGGCCAAACCAUCAGGGCCACACCAUCAGGGCCACACCAUCAGGGUCACACCAUCAGGGCCACACCAUCAGGGCCACACCAUCAGGGUCACACCAUCAGAGCCACACCAUCAGGGCCACACCAUCAGGGCCACACCAUCAGGGUCACACCAUCAGAGCCACACCAUCAGGGCCACACCAUCAGGGCCACACCAUCAGGGUCACACCAUCAGGGCCACACCAUCAAGGCCACACCAUCAGGGCCACACCAUCAGGGCCAAACCAUCAGGGCCACACCAUCAGGGCCACACCAUCAGGGCCAAACCAUCAGGGCCACACCAUCAGGGCCACACCAUCAGGGCCACACCAUCAGGGUCACACCAUCAGAGCCACACCAUCAGGGUCACACCAUCAGGGUCACACCAUCAGAGCCACACCAUCAGGGUCACACCAUCAGAGCCACACCAUCAGGGUCACACCAUCAGGGUCACACCAUCAGAGCCACACCAUCAGGGUCACACCAUCAGGGCCACACCAUCAGGGCCACACCAUCACACAUACCUACAUUUUUAA